AUGGCUACCUCUCACAUAGCUACCUCACAAAUCUUUGUCAAGACAAUCCAAGACAGCAAAACUAUCGCUGUGGAUUUCCGUACCAAGAUGACUGUCGACCACCUCAAAUCAAAGACAUUGGGAAACAUUGGCACUCCCACUGAUAUGCAGCGACCUAUCUACGCAGGAAAGCAAUUGGAAGACGGUCGUCUUUUGAGUGACUACACCAUUUCCAAGGAUGCCACCCUUCACAUGGUCUUGCGUCUCAAAGGUGGAAUGCAAAGAAGUCUGAGAGCCAUAGCUUUAAAAGUUUGA